AUGGCACACCAAAGGAAUGGAUAUGAGAAUGUGGGGUUCUCCAAAAAAGACAUGUAUAAUAUUGUGAAUAGGAAGACCCGGCUCAAGUUGAAAGACGGAGAUGCGAUGGCUAUGCUUCAGUAUUUCCAUAAUAUGACCGAAGAAAACCAAAAUUUCUACCAUACCUAUCGGGUUGAUGAGAUAGGAAGGCUGAAGGAUGUGAUGUGGGUGGAUGCUCGUAGCAGAGUUGCGUAUCAAGAUUUUGGGGAUGUGAGGAGCACGCGGCUUUACCAGUUUGCUCCCAGAUAUUGCAAGGCUAUGGAGAGCAGGGCAACGGAUGAGCAGGCGGCUGAUGCGAACAACAAACGUUAUGUACGCCCUUUAAUAACUGAGAGGGACAUCUCAGAUGGUGUUGUUGAACAUGUGAUUGAGGACCGAGUAUGGAUUUGGUCAAACUUCAAAAAGAAAGAGGUUCCCGUGGAAGAUAGGAAAAGGAUUCCUUGUAGCCACAUUAUCAAGGUGUUGGAUCUGCAUUCUGUGAAAGAGGUGCCGAAAGCACUUGUUCUGGACAGGUGGCGUAAAGAUAUUACUCGGAAACAUACAAUGGUAAAGGUUGCGAACCAUGAUCCCUUUAAGACAGAAGAGGUGCAGCGGUAUGAUAAGGCAAUGGUUGCCUUGGAACCGAUUUUACUUAGAGCCAGUAUGUCCGUAGAGUUGAGUGGUGUCUUGAUGGAAAAAAUUCGGGUCAUUGCAAUGCAAUUUGAUUAG